UCAAUCACUACGCAAUUCGAGCAAACAAGCAAGAUUUUACUAAUUAUCGAUAAGAAAUCUAAAUCAAAUCAACCAGAUCUUCACCGACGUCAUAUAAAACCUCACAACUACUCCCUAGCUAUUUCACACACCGUUACCCUUACCGUUACACCCGACCCAUUCAUCCAUCCAUCCAUCCAUCCACCCACAGGAAAAGAAGAAAAGCAAAGCAAAGAAACUUUUCCCAAAGCGAGCCUUGUCACUUUUGUCGUCAGCAUUUACCCAGCGCAUCGCAUAUCCAUCCUGCUCUCCACAUUCUUGUUUUCCACCCUUGUCACUCAUUCACCUCGAAGGAAUCAGACAAGCCAGUUCGAGGCAAGCAAGCAAGCAAGCAAUCAAAGCAAGCAAGCAAAAACCCACCAUCCAUCCACAUCCGAUCCCCAAUCCCAGAUCCCACAUCCACCAACCAUACCCCCAUUCCCAUCCCAAACGACUAGCGAGGUAGGUCAAGAAACAAGGCUGCAUCAUACCCAAAAGCAGGGCAAAUCCAUCCCAACCUGAAUUCAAUCCAUCAGUGUCUGUGGGUGGGAUUGAGAUUCGAUAAGAGGACCUAGCUUCGCAUCUUGUCGACGAACUUUUCUUCUUCUUUUUCUUUCUUUUUAUUUAUCACGUAUCUAGAUAUUCACUGCUUUGAUUCAUUGCGCUUUUUUUUCCCUCGUGCCUUGCGAAUUGAAGCAAGCACAUCAUCGUGUGGAAGCGAAUUUGAUUCGUUCGUUUGGGACUCGGCUUUAGCAGCAUCAUCAUCAUCGUCGUCGUCGUCGCAUCAGAUAAGCCGACUUCAGCUCCAAGUUAUAUUCCACCAUAACUAUAUCACCAUUACAAUCACAAAAUAAUUGCAAAGAUUUGCUCCUCGCUAUCACAUCGAUAAUAACAUAUUUCUCUCACCACCCCAAACACAAUCUGAAAACAUCAUAAACUCCUCACGAUGCUGUUUGGAAUGUUCUUCGCCUUUUGGCGAUUUUGCGAGAUCAUAACUCUGAUCCCCACACUCGGCAUGCUCGCCUUCUUCGUCAACAUCUACGCAUCCAACAAUGCGCUGACGCCCAACUACAUCCUGGUGCUAUUCAUCGUCUCGGUGCUCGCGUGCGCGUGGGCCAUCGCGACGCUCUUCACGUACCACCGCACGCGCUCCAACGCGCUUUUCGUCUCGUUCAUCGAUCUCUGUUUCGUGGGCGCCUUUAUCGCGGGCGUGUACGAGCUGCGCUUCAUCACCAAUUCCGACUGUUCGCAUCUGACGACGACCCCGGGUUACUACAUCAAUUUCGGGGCGUUUGGAAAUGCCAAUAUUAAUGGGGUCAGUGUCAAAGUGGAUAAAACGUGUGCCAUGCUCAAAGCCUGUUUUGCGUUUGGUAUCAUGAAUUGCAUCUUCUUCUUCAUCACGAGUUUGCUGGCUUGUAUGGUGGGCAAGGGCCAUGAGAGAACGGCAAGGAGAGAUGAGAAGGUUUAUGUGAGGGAGACUCAUGUGACUAGACAUGGCCAUCGUCGAAGUGGAAGUCAUAGGAGUAGACGAAGUGGAAGCCAUAGGCGAACGUAUGUUUAGAGUGGCUGUGGUGGAUAUGUUAUGAUUGGAUGGAAUGGGAUGGGAUGGAUAGGUUGGAGAGGGAGUUACGGCCGAUUUAAUGUUUUACUUUUUAGGGAAUGGAUGGAUGAUUGAAUGAAUGGUUGGAUGGAUGGAAUGGGAAGAGGGGUGGGAUUGAAAGGAAUGAUAAAGAUAGGUUUGGUCUGGAUAAAGAAGUAAGAUAUAUUAUUAUGCAUCUUUGAUAUGAGGAUGAAAUGAAAUGGAAUGAAAUAGGAUAGGAUAGGAUAGGAUAGGAUAAUGAAUCAAUGCGAUAAUCCACA